AUGCUCAAGGCCCUAUCCAACGGACGUACGGCGUACAUCGGCGUAAAAGUCCCAAAUUCGAUGAACGCCAAUCACGGACAGCCCGUUUCGGUGACGGGCCAAGGCCAAGCAACCGUCCACACGGUCUCGACGAUGCCGAGCGCCCAACAAGGCGCCUACCAAAAUUCCGGACAACAACCGGGGCAGCAAACAAUUACAACAAAGGUUGUAAAAGCUCCGGCAAAUCGUCAGGGCGCCCGACAAAAUUCGAAGGCACCGCAGGAAUCGGCGAGUAGUCAUCAGCGGAUUUUGGAAAUUCUCCAAUCCUCGACCCAUCAACAACCACCUGAGCAGCACCAGCAAGGACCGUUGAUCGUCAAUCAACGGCAGCAAAAGAUGAAUCCACCACAACCACAACAACGCCCGAUGCAUUCUCCACACCAAAAUUCUCAGGCGGCACAUCAAAAUGCCCAACAGCAACACAGCCAACACCAAAACGCUCAACACCGGAUGCAACAAUCCCCGGCGGGCCAUGAAGCGGGUCCUGUACAGUCACCACGACCGGCUUCUCAGCCUUCUAUUCUUCAACAGCAACUACAGCAACCGCCAAUGUCCCAUCAAAAUGCGUCCCAACAGCAUUCGGCCCUACAACAGCAGCUUCAACAAAACAUGCACCCUCAAAACCAGCCCCAACUUGCUGGUCAUCAACAGCAACAAUUCCAACAUGGUCAACAUCAAAAUAUGCAACAACACCAACAGGUCGUCGAAACAAACGGCCCGACGCGAGAAACCCCCCAAAUGCAGGGCCCCGUCACGCAACAGCACCAGGUUCAGCAGCAAAAUAUGCAUCAACAGCAAUUGCCACAACCGACAGUCACUAUCGUCACAACACAACAAAAUGCAAGAGGAGGCCCAGUUGUUGCGCCGGCCAAAAAGAAACCGGCUCCAAGACGCCCUAACCAAGCAGCGCCACAAAUCCAAGUCCGCACCAUCAGCCAACCGGAUCGAGUUAUCCAAGUUGGCAGUGUGCAGCCGGCAAGAGCAAAUGUUCAACUUGCUCCACCUCACCUCUCUGAAGCUCAUCUACAGCAACAACGAUAUGCUCAGCAACAACAGCAACAACAACAACAGCAGCAGCAGCAACAGACGACUAGCAAUCAGAGAAUACACCAAUCAAUCGAACAAGUGGUCCGAAAUCCACCCCCGGUCACUCAGUCUCAAAGCUCCGGCUCCUCCCAAUUGAGCCAACUCCCCGGCCCAUCCACGCAACAACAACAACCUUUGCCGGUCCAACAAAUUCGCUUCGUCCAGCGCCCCUCCCAUCAGCGCCCACCUCAACAUCAAGGAGUACAGCUGGCGCAGGCUUCGAAUUCUGCCCUUCAACAGCAGGGGGUCACGAUAGUUCAGCAAAAUGCUGCUCCAAAAGCUCCUACACAAAUUAUUCGCACUCAGCCUUUGCCGCAAGUUCAACUACAGCAACAACAACAACCCGGCCCGUCAGCGAGCAGUUCAGCGUCCAUCCAAAUUGUUCAGCCACUCCCUCCCCAAUCCCAGCAACAAGUUCAUCAACAGCCGAUGUCGCAGGCUCAGCAACAACUCCCUCAUCAACAGUCUCGGCCAUCCUCUGGGACUCAGCAACCGAGCACAAGCCAACAAUCUCAGCAGGUUCACCCGGAUCAGCAGCAACCGAGCACCAGUCAACAGCAUCAACCAUUGCAAGGCGGCUAUGGUCACUCUCUUCCCGGCCCAAUACCUUCGCAAGCGACAUUGCAAUUAGCGGCCCUAUUUGCUCCCGAUUCUGAUUCAACCGCCGGACUAAGCUCCAAACAAAUGUAUCGAGGCUUGAAGCGGAAGUUCAGACUCCUCAUUUUUGAAAAUGAAUGCUAUCAAGAUCAACUCCGGGCGAUGCAGAGGAAGCUUUUAAAGCUCUCCCGCGAUAAAAAUUUCCUCCUCGAUCGGUUGAUGCACUAUGAAAAUCUGUCGUCUUCGGAGGAGUCGGACUCUGAUUCGUCGAUAAUAACUGUUAUGGAUGAUGUGCCGCAGCCACCACCACCAAGACCUGUUCAAAAAAAAAAAGCCCCAGUCCGCAAGAAGUCUACCCAACAACCCUCCACUUCCGGAACGGCCCAACAGCGCCCAUCCGUCUCCGGAUCUGCCUCCCAAAAACGUGCUGCAGCCGCCGCUUCAGCUGCUCAACGCCCAUCCACCUCCGGUGCAAAUCUAGGCCCUAAACCCCCGAUGCCCGACAAAAGGGCGCUGAAUAGUGCACAGCAAAAGCCAUCAACUUCUGGCAGUUCACAGCAGCGGCCUUCUACUUCCGGGGCUUCACAGCAGAGACCAUCCACCUCUGGAACUCAACAAUUCCAAGGUGCCUCCACUUCCGGUAUGCCGCAAUCCCCGGUUUUUGCUGUUCCUCAACUUCCUGCUCCUUCGCAGCAAAGGGCUGCUGCUGCAGCGGCGGCCGCGGCUGCUGCUUCAUCGAGAGGGGAUGCAAGGAACCCCUCAAUGGACGAUGGCCCAAGUAUCGGCUCCGUUUUGGGCGUAAAACGGCCGACAGCCUCCGCAAAUCCGACGUCACGUUCUUCACAACACCCCGCUGAUCAACCAUCAACCUCUGGAACCAAUCAAAGAAUAAAUUCAACAAGCCCGACAAAAGUUUCCCCACCAAAUAAGAAAGCUCGUUUCGCGGUCACCCGGGCGAAAACUUCGCCAAAAACGAAAGCGGCUGCCGGGCAGGGUGAAGUGAGGAAUAAUACGCAGCAAAAUCCACAACCCGGCCCUUCUAACCAACCACCACCAGCUUCAACGUCAGCCAGUCCCAAAUCGACAGCUAAAAGCCACGCGGCCCACUCUGCUCAACCAACAAAACCCAAGGAACAA